CCUGCUACGCACCUGUAAUUCAUACGCCUGAUUGUUGAAUACAAUAUCUAUUUACCCCCCGUACAGGUUACCUUCUACGCUGCUUACAUACGUGUAUAUGCGAUUACCUAAGCUAACCCUACAUGACCUCCGAGAAGAACUUCUUCAUCUAAACUACUUGAAAUUUCCAACAUUAUUAUCAUGUCCCGUUACGCAGAAUCUCACAUCAAGACCGCCGGUCCUGGCGAUGCCCGUCCAACCGCUCUUCAAGUUAUCAAGGACGAAGGGCUCGAGGGCGCUUUGCAGGACAGAGUGUUCCUCAUUACAGGCGCUUCUGCAGGCAUUGGUAUCGAAACUGCCCGUGCCAUCACCACAACUGGUGCGAAAGUCUUUCUCGCAGUACGAGACAUGAAGAAAGGGCAAACCGCAUGCGAAUCCUUUCUUGAGCCCGGUCGCGUGGAACUACUUGAACUCGACACAAGCAAGUUGGAUACAGUCAGGGCUUGCGCGGAAGCCUUCCUGAAAAAAUCAUCUAAACUUAACGUUCUUAUCUGCAACGCUGGAAUCAUGAACAGUCCCACGCGUGAAGAGACUGCCGAAGGCUUCGAGAUGCAACUUGCCACCAACUAUCUAGGUCAUUUCCUUCUGUUUUGGCUACUCAAAGACGCCAUGUUAGAAGGCGCUAAGGCAGCGGAGUCUAGUUCACGGCUAGUGAACGUCUCGAGUUCAGGCCACCACGCUUCCGAAGUGAUCUUCGACGACUUCCAGCUAAAGCAAGAUUACACAGCAAUCAAAGCAUAUGGGCAAAGUAAAUUAGCUCAAAUCUAUAUGGCAAACUACGUGGACAGGAAUUUCGGCCCCAAGGGCAUUCACGCGCUCAGCUUAAUGCCCGGCGGCAUUAUGACGAACCUGCAGAAGCAUGUGCCUGAAGAGACUAAGGAGGGGUGGAAGAAAGACCCUUUUAUUUCGAACUUUAUGAAGAGUCCGGAACAGGGCGCCGCUACGACAAUUGUAGCGGCCGUUGCGAAGGAAUGGGAGGGUAAAGGUGGAAAGUAUUUGGAGGAUUGCCGGGUUGCGACACCUGAACCGCUUAUUCCUUUCGCCAAGGGUGUGAAGGACUAUGCUUAUGAUGAAGACAAGGAGAAUAAGCUAUGGGAGCUAACUCUGAAGACAUUGAACCUCGUAUAAUCCUUAGGGCUCAACUCAAAAAUAAAUCAUCAAUUUAGAGAGUAUAUCGAAUAUUCUGAUUUCAUCAGUAGCUGUUGUUGGUGUUUGUCAGCGCUAGCACUUGUUAAGUGGGUGUUUUUACCAGACCGUCUGCAACCGAUGUCCAAAUUGGGUGCUGGUGUUGGUUGCCCUUCAUUGGGAGUGGGCUGGUCGAACGCAUUCCAAGUUAUGUUGGCCCAGACCUGUCUGAGGCGGCGCAAUCCGGGGCAUAUGCGAUCUGUGAUGGAAGAUAGCAUCCAGGCCAACGAGUCGAUCUCAUACUGACAUUGAGAACGCCUAACGAGUGAGCUUUUCGAUUGGUGUAAUGCUAGGGUAAAGGAAUUUUCUGAAUAAGCUGAAUAUCUGUUUGAGCUACUAUCUUUAAGCUGAUUGCAACACUACGUUGGACCGUAAAAGUCAGCUUGACUCGACUCUAUAUACAACUGGUCUGCCAGCCCAGACCGCCUAGGUCUCAAGGAUCUGUUUCAAGAAGCGAAGUCUGUAUAACCUCACUUCCCAAUAUUGCCUGCAUGUCUUUGAAUGAUCAUGAACAGCCUGCA